AUGCCUUAUUAUGCUACUACGUUGGUGGGUGUGGUGUGUUUCAUCGCGCUUGGUUGGUCAAGUGGCUCCCGAUAUAUCGCAUCAUCCUUCGGCGGUGUCCUCGUCAUCAUCGAUCAGUAUUACCAUAGCUACAAUGAUCAUCCGCGAGUGCAUGAGCAACGAAUCAUCUUACACUGUCAACCAUAUGCGUUGAGAAAUUUCUCCCUCUGGAGCUCCAGACUCGGGCCUGAUCUCCGUCUUCCCGACAAGAUCAGUGUGACUACUACGGGUCACGAUGGGCCAGCGGGUCAAGAACGUGACAAGUUUGGGAUGCCCGAUGCUGCUUUGACAGCUGGCCUCACAUGUUACGACCAGCUACGCGCGAUGCAGCUUCUAUGCAUUGCGCAGGUCAAUGCCUUGGCGGCCACGAACCGCAGAGCUACUAUGUAA